AUGUCCAGCCAUCAUCACUAUAGCAGGAUGAACAGCAUUGCUAGUCUUGACCACGAAAAUGACGAUCAUCUGUGUUGCAUGAGUGUUGGUACUUCCCAGCACACUCCAACAAGUCCUGCCGCUUUGAGUCCUAUCCUCGCUGGAGAUGUAAAUAUCGCGGGAGCAGCCAUUGUGGGUAGAUCCAAGCAUUCAGCCUCCACUCUCCAAGCUGCCAGUGGUCAUGCACCUUCACCGGCUGCUUCUUUGUCAAUGGGUUCUGGUCAUAAUCGAACUUGGUCUACGGAUACAGGAGUGGGCAGUCAGGUUGACAGCACCACUGACAGUAUAAUUGGACAGAACAGCGACCGAGUAACAACUCACCCUAACCCUACUACUGUUUCUACCCGUAGUCGCACAUUGUCCAUGUAUGCCAACCACAGCUAUCCCAGUACCAUGGUGCCUUAUUCUGAACUAGCAGAGUCUUGCAUUUAA